AUGCUAACUAGAAUCUUGAAACACAGAGCCACGGUGCCAUUUGCCGUUGGCACCGCUGCCAUCGCUGCUGCUUACUUCAACUCUGCUGCCAUUAGAAAUGAGCCUCUUAAGACGUUCAAAGGUGACGAUGCUUGGAUAGAACUACCCAUUGCGAAGAUCGAGGAUGUCUCUCACGACGCUCGUCGUUUCACCUUCAACUUGCCAGAGGAGGAUCAAGUCAGUGGGCUAGUGGUCGCAUCUGCUUUGCUCGCCAAGCUGCAGACUCCUAAGGGCUCGAAUGUCAUUAGACCCUACACUCCAGUCAGCGACGUGGCCACUAAGGGUCACUUCGAGCUGGUUAUCAAGCACUACAAAGACGGUAAGUUCACUGAAAUGCUAUUCGACAAGAAGCCUUCGGACACCGUGGCUUUCAAGGGGCCCAUCAAAAAGUGGGAGUGGAAGCCAAACUCCUUCGAAUCUAUCACUUUGAUCGGUGCUGGUUCAGGUAUCAAUCCCCUAUACCAAUUGGUUCACCACAUCUCGCAAAACCCAAUCGACAAGACUAAAAUCAAUCUUUUGGUUGGUAACAAGACUCCAAACGACAUUUUGUUGAAGAAAGAGUUGGACACCAUCCAAGCCAAGUACCCAGAGCAGGUCAAAAUUCACUACUUUGUCGACAAGGCUGAAGGUGACUUCAACGGCCACAUCGGAUUUAUUACCAAGGAAUAUUUGGAAAAGAACACGCCAGGACCUUCGGACUCCCACCAGGUGUUUGUGUGUGGGCCUCCCCCAUUCAUGAAGGCUUACUCGGGUCCUAAGACCUCGCCACAGGAUCAAGGUGAGCUCGUUGGAAUUCUAAAGGAGCUUGGUCAUGCCAAGGACCGUGUGUUCAAAUUUUGA